AGACACGUGUUGGCAGAUCACUUUCUCCUUUCUUUCGUUCGUGCUCUGUCUCUCUCUCGCUCACAAUCUCCGACCCGAGAAAUCGAGGAAGAAGCGGCAGAGAUCGCAACCCGCCGCCGGAAGAAAGGUUCGUCAGUGAAGGAUGAUCCCAACCAGUCGUCUAAUCCUUCAUCUCUGCCUCCUCCUUCGCCGAUCAACGCAGGAGAAUCGGUCGUGGCGGGUACGACGGGGAAGGCGAAGAAGAAAGCCGGAGGAGCGAGGGAUUUGAGGAUUCUCAGCCCUGUCUUGUGGAGUGCGAUAAGAGCACAAUCAUCAAACUGUGUUGACGAAGUUGGAGCCAUGGCUGACCUCAAAGACAAAGUGGUUCUUGUGACAGGAGCUUCCUCUGGUAUAGGAAAAGAGAUCUGUCUUGAUUUGGUCAAAGCUGGCUGUAAGAUUAUCACAGCAGCACAUCGUGUCGACCGCCUCAACUCUCUCUGCUCCAACAUCAACAGCUUCGGUUCAACUGGAACCCAAGCCACAGCUCUCGAGCUAAACGUCGCAUCGGUGCAGCCACCAUUCGAAAAGCGGUUAAGGAAGCUUGGGAAGUAUUUGGCCUAUCUUCAGUCUGAUGUUGGCCUUAUCAUUACUUUAGUACAUUGUGAAACAUUGUUUCAUUUAAAGAAGUUGGCAAGGAAUCUCAUUGGGUUUGUUACUUCCAGAUUCUACUACGGGCAUAUCACAAUCAUCUGUUUCCUCAAGUAAGGUAUCUUACCUCCUGCCUUUGUGUGGCUAACUCUGAUAGGUUAUAGUUUUCACGGAAACAUGAAUUGCUGAAGUUAUAGAGUUGAUUUGGUGAGAAAUAAAAAUGGUGUUUGAAUCAUUUGAUCACACUGUGGCGUGGAGGAGUUGAGAAGUAAAUCGUUUUUCUCCUUGGCAAAUUUUUUUUUUUUUUAAGAACCGCUAAAUAAGAGACUUGCAAUGGAGCAUGUAAAUUUUCAGGUUUUUUAAUCCAGUCUCUUAGUUCACUUUUACAAUUAAAAAAUAUUAAAAAAAAAAUAAGAGACCCAUUUAGGGUCUCUAGGAUAAUGGUGCUCUAAACGUUAUUACCGUAAAACCUCAUCAGUCGUCAUGAUUAUUUCUUCUUUUAGGAAAAAAAAAAGUAUUUGUAUAACAGUCAGCAUAUACACUUCACUGUUGUUAGUUUGGUUUCAUAAAAGAAAAUAAUUUUUUAUGUUUUACUAAAGUGAAUAGCAUCAGGCAGCGUGCACUAGUGACCAAUGGUCAGUAACAUUAAUGUUUUCCAAAACUGACUGCAAUUUUUAUAUUGUUGAUUAAAUGAUUUUCCUGGUUUCAAUGUUUCGCUAUAGAAACAUCAAACAUUCAAAACUUUAGUGCUUGCAAAUUAUAAUUUGCUCAUAAAAAAAGACACAUUAUUAUCAUUGUUUUUAUAAAAACAUAAGUUCGGCAUGCCAUAACCAUAUCCGAUAAUUUAACAAGACGUUGAUAAAAGUAUUGAAGUUUAACUUAAAAAUAAACAAACAAGACAUGAAAAUAAACAAACCAUUCAACAUAAGAAAUGGCCCUUUAGAGAACAAGACCACUGCGGAGGUCCAUGUACCCUCCUUCAAUCAUCGGCUUUUUUG